GAAUCAAAUUCACUGCACUUUGCAUCAGCACUUGGUGCUGUGCAGACACAACUCCAGUCUAUCCUUUCUGCACAAUCUCAACAGUUUAUCCCAUGAAGACCUUGAGUUAGAAAGCUUGGAGGUGAGCCUGCAAUAUCCCAGCAGAUUUUUAAAAGUGGCAAGAAAGGAUAGACUCCAUCGACCAUGCCGUUAGCUGGGACACCCGCGCCCUCCAAGAGGAAAAAGUCGUCGAGAACCAUUAUAAAAACGUUGAAGGAUGCCGGGGCCGAGAUUAACUUCGGGAAGAAGAUCAGCAUCCCUCGGGAUGUGAUGUUGGAGGAACUGUCCCUGAUGAAUAAUAAAGGCUCGCAGAUGUUUAAAGAGCGGCAGAUCAGGGUCGAGAGGUUCAUCUAUGAGUCACAUCCCGACGUCUUUCACCCAGAUUCGAUGGAAAACUUUCAGAAAUACCUUCCUGGCUCUGGUGUUCUGCUGACGACUGGGCCAGGUGGUGUUCAGAUAAUGGACUCCAAAUUCCAAAGUGGGUACAGCCACCAUGGUACAUAUGGAAAGGGCACAGCACCAGCGCCAUACCCCAAACCUCAGCAUCUUGCUGCUGUCUCCGGGAUCAUUGGAAAACAUGGAAGUGGCCAGGGAGAAGGAGGAAGCGGUGAGGCUGGAGGUGCAGCGGGAAGUGGGGUUCAUGGUGGUGGUGGUGGUGAAGAUGGGAAGGGAGCUGGAGCAGGAGGCAAAAAGCACACAUCGGUAAUCAAAACCUACUUAUCACCUUGGGAACAGGCCAUGGGGAAUGAUGCGGAUCUGAAGUCCACCAUGAAUCUGCACAUGGCGUUACCAGGUUCUGCAACCAAACUUCAUGCCUACAAGUGUUUCAACAGAACUGCAAUGCCCUAUGGAGGGUUUGAUAAGGCAGCGAAACUGAUGACGUUUCAGCUCCCAGAAUUUGAGGCAGCUCUUCCAGAACUCGAGCCCAUGGUUGUGUUCCACCAAGAUAUCAGCACUCGACCUAAUUUUAACAGGACCCCUCUGGGCUGGACUCCAACAAGCACAGAGAAUUUGGUUAACCUUGGAAUAGAUCUCGAGUUUAACGCUGAAACUGAUGACUUGUAGAGGCCUUGGAAAAGUGCCUUGAAGCCAUCUGUUUCAAGCACUCAGUUGGUGAGUGCUCAGGAGCACUUGGAAAAUAUUGGAUUAGAAGUGACACUUGGCUAUAAUCAUCACCGCAUAAAAUGUGUAUUCUUUAAAAGCUGGUUGCUUCGCCCCCCCAUACAUUAUCAACACAUUUUGUAACUAUACUGUACACUGAUCUAGAACAACUUUUUGGGUUCCUGUGACACAUGGGAUCCACAUUAUUUAAAUAAAAUCAAAUAUGGUGGAUAUACAUUUAUGCCUUACAGAUGCCUCUAUUUACUGUUGGGCAAAUAUUUUCUAAAUGAAAUAAAAUGUUAACAAAAUCA